AUGCACAGAGGAAAAUUAGCAAUAUAUAAGGGGUCUCCUCCUACAGGUGCAGCGUUGGAGUGCCUGCGCCGAGACUUCUCCCUUGUCUGUUUGGGUUACUACUGCUCCUUACCUGUUAAACUUGAUUCAUUGACUUCUUUUUUUGUUGUAGUUGUCUUGUCUUACCAGUACACGUCUUUGACAAGUGUCAUGCUCCUGGAUUGUUGGUCAAUUCCAUGUGUUAUACUUUUCACUUGGCUGUUUCUGGGUACAAAGUAUGGAUUCAGGAAGUUUGCUGGUGUUGCUAUUUGUGUUGCUGGCCUUGUUAUGGUAGUAUUUUCCGAUGUUCACGCUAGUGACCGUGCACAGGGAGGACCAAAUCCUGUGAAAGGUGAUUUGUUAGUCUUUGCUGGCUCUACACUCUAUGCAGUUAGCAACGUUAGUGAGGAAUUCAUCAUAAAGAGGUCAACUAGAAUCGAAUUGAUGGCAAUGCUUGGAGCAUUUGGAGCUGUUGUCAGUGCUAUUCAAAUAGCCAUUCUCGAGCGGAAUGAGCUUCAAAAUGUCAAUUGGACGGCUGGAGCAGUACUACCAUUUCUUGGGUUUGCAUUGGCAAUGUUCUUAUUUUAUUCUACUGUCCCUAUAAUUCUCAAGAUAUGUGGAGCCACAAUGCUCAACCUUUCACUACUGACCUCAGACAUGUGGGCUGUUCUAAUCCGAAUCUGUGCCUACCACCAGAAGGUGGACUGGAUGUACUUCAUAGCUUUUGCAGGUGUCACGAUUGGGCUCAUGGUUUAUUCGUGGAGCAGGGAGGAUAAGAGUUCUGAGGUUGCAAAGGACAAUGAGGCUGCAGGGGACCGUAAUGUGAAUCUGAACAGCUGUUGAGGCUCUGCCAAUCCUCAAGCUUAAUCUAUCACGAGUUUGCUACCAUAGAUAUCGAAGCAAAUCCGCGGGGAAUUGCUUAUUCGAUUAAACGAUGCGCGGUUGUUUGAAUGAUUUUUUGAUGGAACAUACAAAAGCACAGCAUGAUCAGAACACAAAUCGUGAUCAGUUGAGUGUUUGUCUAUUUUAAGUACCAUCUUGUUCUUGUUCU